AUGGACGCACUAGCAACGGCCCAAACCUUGUUUUUUGAGUCUAUCCAGAAACUCCCCCCACCAGCCCAGAGCAUCCUCCUCUCAUCCACCACACGUAUUGUAUUGGCUGUCGUGCUCGCAUACGCACUCAUCAAAUCGUUCAAUCGCACCCUGUCCAGCUUCGUGCUCAACAACUGGACAUCCGACAAAUACGCCUGGUCCCGCGAAAUCGUCCUGUUGAUAGGCGGAUGUAGCGGAAUCGGGCAAAGCGUUGCACGCGAUCUAGCAUCAAGAGGCAUAAAAGUGAUUGUCGCCGAUAUCCAGGAGCCCGGCACUCCUCUCCCAAAAAAUAUAUUCUUCUACAAAUGCGACGUCACAUCCCCCUCCAGCAUCCACCAAGCCGCCACCCACAUCCGCGCUGACCACGGCGAUCCAACGGUGCUCAUCAACAACGCCGGUGUCGGCAAGGAAGGCACCAUCCUCGACAAACCCGAGGCCGUGAUCAGGCUCGUCCAUGUCAUCACCAUCGCGAGCGCGGGCAGCUUUUUGGGUCUGGGCGAAAUGACGGAUUAUAGUUGUAGUAAAGCCAGUGCGCUUGCCUUUCACGAGGGACUCACCCAGGAGAUAAGGCAUUGGUAUAAUGCGAAGAAAGUUCGCACUAGUAUCAUCCACCCAAUCUGGGUCAAAACACCCAUGCUCAAACCCAUCAUAGACUCCGGAUUGAAACUCAAACAACCCAUGUUCGAGGUCGAGGAUGUCUCAAAAGUCAUCGUCAAACAUAUACUGAGCGGGAACAGUGGACAAGUCGUUAUCCCCGACCGAAUUGGUGCGGCGAGCUACAUUCGCGCGUUGCCGAAUUGGACGCAGGAAUGGAUACGAGAUGAUAUCUCCUUGGAUUUGAAGAGGGUGAGGGAUUUUGUUGAGGCGAGGGAGAGGGGUAAACGUAUUUAA